AUGGCUGAGUUGGUCUCUGCGAUUGUACCCACCCUGCUGAAGAAAGCAUGUGACUCCAUUCUUACGGAGCUUGCGUUCAUGCGUGGCAUCGAUGGCCGCCGCAAGAGGUUGUGUGGCUUGCUAAGCGCCAUCAACGAUGUCAUCUCUGACGCCGAAGAGCAGGCACCCAAGAAGCCAUCUGUGAAGGGUUGGAUUACCCGCCUUAAGUCUGCAGCUCUCGAUGCCGACAAUGUCAUCGAUGAGCUGCACUAUGAAGUGCUCCACCGUGAAGCUCUGCGUCGAGGGCAUGACGUCAACACUGGUGUAAGAGCUUUCUUCUCUCUGAAUUAUAAUCCUUUGCUCUUCAAGUAUAAGGUGGGGAAGAAACUACAGGAAGUAGUGGAAAGGAUUGAUGACCUUGUUAACCAAAUGAACCAGUUUGGAUUCAGUAGAGAUCGGCCUGCACCAGUGGUUGAUAGCAGGCAGACACACUCAUAUGUCAAUGAAGAUGAAGUUAUUGGCAGGAAGGGAGAUGGGGAGGAAAUUGUGCGCAUGUUGCUUUCUUCUGAGAGCGAGAAAUUCUCGGUCGUCGCAGUUGUUGGCAUAGGAGGAAUGGGAAAGACAACUCUCGCGCAACUAGUGUUCAAUGACCUAAGAGUGAGGGCUCAGUUUGAAGUCUGUGUUUGGGUUUGUGUGUCUGAUCCAUUUAUAGUUGCAGAUGUUGCAAAGAAGAUCAUUGAUUCAGCCAUUGGACGAGACUGUGGAUCGAAGACUGAUAACAUGGAGUUGCUGCAGCAGCGUCUUCGGAAUGAGCUGGGUGGGAAGAGGUACUUUCUUGUAGUGGAUGAUGUUUGGAAUCAAGAAGUGGAAAAAUGGGAUGCCCUACGGACAUUGCUUUGUUGUGGUGGAAUGGGGAGUGUGGUACUCGUUACCACUCGGCAGAUGAAAGUUGCUUCUAUCAUGGGGGCAUUUGAUGUCCACUGCUUACAACACUUGAGUCCAGAGGAUGCUUGGACUUUAUUCAAAAGAAGAGCGUUUAGCUUGGGUGUCGUGGAGUCUCCUGAUCUUGCUGAAGUUGGUAAAGAUAUUGUUAAGAAAUGUUGUGGGGUCCCAUUAGCUGUGAAGUCUAUCAGCAGUUUGAUGAGCAGAAAACAAGAGGUUAGAGAGUGGUUAGCUCUCCUGGACAGCAAGACUUGGGAUGUGUUCAAUGAGGAAAACCAGAUAAUGCCUGCAUUAAGGUUGAGCUACUACCAUUUGCCUUCUCACAUGAAACAAUGCUUUGCCUUUUGUGCUGUAUUCCCUAAGGAUUACGAGAUGAGUAAAAAGGAUUUGAUACAUCUAUGGAUAGCUAAUGGGUUCAUAUUGUCUGAGGGGGCCUUAGAUUUGGAAACAAUUGGAAAUAACAUCUUUUCAGAACUGGUUUGGAGGUCAUUUUUUCAGGAUGUUAAGCACACACGAUCCCCAGACAGAAAUGGAAUUGGAUUCCACGAUUCCUUUUCAAAUGGAAAUGGAUACUCUGAUGUGACCACAUGCAAAACUCACGAUCUCCUCCAUGAUCUUGCACAAAAUAUUGGUCAUGGCGAAUAUUUUUCUUUGCAGAAGCUUACUGAAAUCAAUGAGUUGCCGGAGAAUGUGCUUCAUCUACAUUAUUCUGUAUAUUUCACAUGGCCAAAGAUUAAGGUUGUAAUGCAGAACAACAGAAAUAUCCGAAGUAUAUUUGCUACAGAUACUUACAAUCUUUCUGUGCCAGAUAUUUAUUUCCCGACCUCUCUGCGAGUAUUUGGCACUUGCAUCACUGGGAGAUUGUCAACUGAGAGGCUACCAGAGGGCAUGAAAUAUAUGAUCAGCCUUCGUCAUCUAUACCUUGAUGGUUGUAACAGCUUAGCGUGUAUGCCAGCUGAUAUUGGGCACCUCAGUUAUUUGAGAACCCUGACUAGGUAUGUAGUUGGGAAUGAUCCUGGCUGUGGAAUCAAGGAGCUAAAACAUUUAGAACUUGGCGGCAAGCUGCAGAUAUAUGAUUUGAUUAAGGUAACUAAUCAAUCAGAUGCAAAAGAAGCCAACCUAGAAAGUAAACAAAAUCUGGAGCAGUUGACGUUGUGCUGGGGUGCAUCGGAAAGUACUUAUCAACAAGAAUUUCCCACCGAGGAUUCACGAUUAUAUCCUUCUGAAGAGAUAUUGGAUGCUCUUAAACCUCACAUCUGUUUGCAAGUUCUAACAGUUGACGGAUACAUGGGUACUAGGUUCCCAAGCUUCCCUGUCUUGAAGUUCUCAAGCUGA